UUGUCAUCGGUGCAGAGAAAGGAUUUGCUUUCGUUCCUAUGUAUUGUUUACAUGUUAUAGGGGUUAUAUAGAGCUCCCAAUGUUUCUUGUCAUGUAUUGUAUACUUUUCUGAGUAUAGUUACAGAAACAAUAAUUGAUACGCUCAAAUACCUAUUUUCACUUUUAUACAUUGUCUGUGUACAGCGAUAGAACAUAAUUAUAUUGCAGAAGCCGAGAGACCAUGGCUGGCAUCAAAGCUUUAAUCAGCCUUUCUUUUGGGGGAGCAAUCGGUCUGAUGUUCCUAAUGCUUGGAUGUGCUUUGCCGCAAUACAACAUCUACUGGCCGCUGUUUGUCCUGUUCUUUUAUAUCCUUUCACCUAUUCCGUACUGUAUAGCGAAGAGAGUGGUUGAUGAAUCUGAUGCUGCAAGUAAUGCCUGCAAGGAGCUAGCUAUAUUUCUCACAACUGGUAUAGUUGUUUCUGCGUUUGGUCUGCCUAUUGUGUUUGCUCGAGCAGUUUUGAUUCAGUGGGGUGCAUGUGCCCUGGUACUCACAGGAAAUGCUGUCAUUUUUUCCACCAUUUUAGGAUUUUUCCUAGUUUUUGGAAGCAAUGAUGACUUCAGUUGGCAGCAAUGGUGAAUGGCUUGUUAGCCCUUGUAGAACUUGCUCCACAGCGACCAUCCAUUCAGCCAACAAAGCCAUCCUCGUUCUGGUUGAACCAAGCGGGAAGUAGCAUGUGGAAUUUUAAUCACACCUUAUCGCCAUGCUUUUCGUCAUGGGCAUUUAGAAUGGCUUACCAGGAAAGCUCUUUUACCAAGAAAACAUACUUCUUCCUUUUUUAUUUUAUUUUUAUACACGUCGUAUUGGGUACUUUAUACAGUUAUGUUAAAAAGAAAUGUUCCUCUAGUCUGUUUCUCAACUAUAUUGUUCUUUUGCAACACUGGCCACUAAUACCCAUGCUGUGAAACUACUCCUUGUGCUGGGUAUGUUUUCUAUCCCGUUUAUUUAAAGCAUUAUAAAGUCUAUCCCAUUGCCUCUGUCCGAAAAAAUGCAUGUGCCCUCACUUUGCUACUGUACAGAAAUUUAGAAACAUUAGAGUUUGUAGUUUCAUUGUGUCUAUUAUAUUGAGGAAACAAUGUACACUACUGGAACGUGUUUAAUUAAAUUUAAAGGGAUAGUGUACUGUAAACCUCCCCCCCCCCUUCAAUUUGUUCACAGUAAUCUCUUUUACCUGCUAGAGUGUAUUAAAUUGAUUGCAAAUAUUUUUUAGAUUUUUUUUUUUUGCCUGUUGUUGUAUCCCUACCUAUACUGACAAAAAUCCAGUACUUAAAUAUUGGCCUGGAAAAGCUGUUUAAAGAUAACAGGAAAAGAAAUUACACUCCCAGUAGGGGGUAUGAGAUUUAAGUACUAAAAUGUACAUUUACAAUUAUUCUCUUAAUGUAUACAGCUAUAAGGUGGCUUUGUGUGUUUGUACAAACAGCGAUAAGGGAAGGACAAUUUAUUUCAUUGUAAGAUCAGUCCAUUUUAAUAGGUUUUGGCUUCAUAGAUUAAAGUUCAUAUUCAAAAAUAAAGGAACAAUUCCCAAUACAUUUUAUUCUCUUCAGCUGGUAAAACAAGUCAUUGGAAUCCAGUUUUACAGUGCACUGUCCCUUUAAUUAAAUAAUGUAAGGGGGGUACAUUAAUACUUUUGUAUUGUGUAAGUUGAAAACCGUUGUUAGCAUUAAAAUAAGAUAUUUAAAAAGAUAACGGUUGACAAAAUAAUCGGCUUCUGGGCAUUACAAAGGUGCAACCUCAUUUGUAGACAAGCUGUAGAGGUCAGUUGUGUUAAAAUAUGUGGUUUUAAUCUCUUGUCUUCAUGACUUCCCAAGAGGCCAGGAUUUUAAGAUCUUUUCUCUUCCGUUCAAAUUAAGUUACAGCUUGUGCUCAAGUAGAAAUACCCUCUCAUUCUCGUGAGAAAUAGAACUGACAAAUACCAUUUUUUUGUUGUUUUGUUAUGAUGAUUUAGCCUGAUAUGGGCCAAUAUGUCUACCAAGGAAAGAGUCAAGUUCUAGUGAAGACGUCACAUGACUUAUCUCGACAACAUGAUGAAUAUAUUGUUAUUUAUUUGCACUUGACUUGUUUAAACUAUGUUUUUUUUAUUUUGUUUAUGCCAUAAGGAUGCAGUUCAGGUAGCCCUCAGUUUACGCCGGGGUUAGGUUCCAGAAGCAAUGGUUGUAAAUCAAAACCGUUGUAUAUUGAAACCCAGUUUAUAAUGUAAGUCAAUGGGAAGUGAGGGAGUUAGGUUCCAGGCCCCUCUCAAAAUUAUUAUACGUAACACAUAAUACAUUAUUUUUAAAGCUUUUAAAAUGAAGAUUUUAAAUGCUAAACCGCAUUAUAAACCUAAUAAAAUAAUAACACAACACAGACUUCACUUGCAUUUUUCUGCAAACAGUUCUUUCCAUGCAUUCCUAUCUGGACUGAUUUAUAGACAGGAAGAUCUUGUUCCUUUGAAAUCUGCUUGAUAGCUCAGCUCUGGUUAACUGAUUAAUUUCAGCUUGCUUGGCUUAACUGCAACACAAGUGGACAGCUCCACCUACUGGCUAUUUUAAUGAAUGCACUGCUUCUCAAUGCUUUUUCAAUAGCAGUCACAUGACUUGAAAAAAAGGUUAUUAUUCUGAAACGGUGCAAAUUGAACCGUUGUAAACCGAGGGCCACCUGUACUGACUAGCUUGUAUGAUAUGAUAUUCAUAGGUCUUCUUAACUUAGAGUAUGGCAAAAUCAGGACUCAUUCGACUUUCUAUACAUUUAAGAGUGGCUUUGAUUUUUGCGAUAUUCCCCCUAUAAGUUCAUUUGAGAGCAUAGAAAACCCAAUGCUGCAAUAAUGGCCCUGAGCAAAUACUUAUGGCUGUUUUUUUAUUUUUAUAUUUGCUAUAUUGUCAGUUGAAUGUCGGCUUUGUACAUUUUCUUUUGCACACUAAAGGUUAAAUGAUAUGUUGUUAAUACUCCCAGAUACUACUGCUACAUUUAACCCCAUUAAAAUUGAUAUGGUCAA